AUGGCUACCGUGACGACUGCCCGCACGGCCAAGGCGUUGGGCCUGGAACCCGGCAGAGUGGUUCUUGCAUUCAACGGCGCCGUUACAACCCGGAUCAUUCCCCACCCACAACGGGCCUUCGCCUUCGAAGUUACCUUCAGUCCCUCGCAAUGGCCCGAUGCCCUUAAAGACCAGAAACCACCGAAGCACUUCCACCCUAUACAGGAAGAAUACAUCGAGGUAUUAGAGGGUGUGCUAUGCGUGGAGGACGACAACCAGGAAUACACACUAAGGCCGACGAGUGGGGAGUUUCUUAUCCGGCCCUGGGUGAAUCACCGCUGUUAUCCGCCUACCGGCUACGAGGGUAACAUCAAGUUUCUGCUGGCGGGCGAGGAAACACCGGAGCCGUUUAGAUUGGAUACGAUUUUCUUCGAAAACUGGUAUGGGUAUCAGGAUGAGACGGUAGUGGCGGGGAAAGGCGUCGAUAUGAUUCAGGUCUUGUCGAUGUUCGACGCCGGCGGCUCUUACAUGUCUUUCCCAUGGUGGGUGCCCUUCGGCCGGACGUUGUCUAUGACACUGGGCGUCGUGGUUGGUCGAUGGAUCGGCGGGCUCCUAGGCUACCAACCGUACUACAAGAAGUGGACGUUUGAUUGGGAUUUGGCGUGUCGGAAGAUGGAACAGUCGAUAUUCCAGCGGCGGUUUGCGGACCGCACGAAGACGGACUGA